CGCCGCCACUCACCAGCAAAUUCCCAAGCCGCCCCUUCCCCCAUCUCUUUCGCGCCCCAUUUGAUCGAUUCCUGAUGGCGCCCAAGGCCGAGAAGAAGCCCGCGGAGAAGAAGCCGGCGGAGGAGAAGGCCGAGAAGAAGCCAAGGGCGGAGAAGCGCGUGCCGAGCAAGGAGGGCGGCGAGAAGAAGGGAAAGAAGAAGGCGAAGAAGAGCGUCGAGACGUACAAGAUCUACAUCUUCAAGGUGCUCAAGCAGGUGCACCCGGACAUUGGCAUCUCGUCCAAGGCCAUGUCCAUCAUGAACUCCUUCAUCAACGACAUCUUCGAGAAGCUCGCCGCCGAGGCAGCCAAGCUCGCCCGCUACAACAAGAAGCCCACCAUCACCUCCCGGGAGAUCCAGACCUCGGUGCGCCUCGUCCUCCCCGGCGAGCUCGCCAAGCACGCCGUCUCCGAAGGGACCAAGGCGGUUACCAAGUUUACAUCCUCUUAGGGUGCCGCCGCCGCCGCACGUUGCUAAAUUUUCUCAUAUUUAGGACUGUGCUAGGUUGUUCGUGCAACAAUGUAGAAUUUGUUAUAAUUGCUGAAUGAAUCAGUUACCCCUGUUGAAGUUUUCU